AAGGGGAUUGCCUUUUCCCAUGCGAAUAAACAAGUGGAGAAAUAAAAUGAAAAUAAGCAUCAAUAGGGACAGAUUAAGAAUCACUUAUAAGUAAUAGGGGUAAUAGAUUAUAAACGAUACAUUGAACUUCAACUUUUUCCUCUUCAUGUUCGUGGAAAAUUCCUAAAAUUCCUAAAUGGAAUUACAUUCCUCCCAAUUAUAUCAGUGACGUGUUGGUGUAUAUAUUCGCGUAUAAUGCGAUGGACCCGACAUUGCCGGUGUGUCUGACAGACGUUAAGUGUUAAGCGAAGAGAAAGAUAUCGCUGCGAAUUGAAAACAUGACGAAUACAGAUGACAACCCAUUUUAUUACUCUUUAAACGGUGAUAAACAAGAAGAUGAAAAAUUGUUGGAACCAAUCAGAUACAUUCUUCAAGUUCCUGGAAAGCAGAUAAGGGCAAAAUUAGCCCAGGCUUUUAAUUAUUGGCUAAAGAUAUCGCCUGAUAGAACAGAAGCAAUUGAGGAAAUAGUAACCAUGCUUCACAACUCGAGUAUUAUAACUGAUGACAUUCAAGAUAAUUCUAUUUUGCGAAGAGGUAUUCCUGUCGCUCAUUCUGUUUAUGGAAUUGCUAGUUCACUAAAUGCUGCAAAUUAUAUAUUGUUUAUUGCUUUGGAACGAGUUAUUAAUUUACAACAUCCUGCAGCAACACAAGUGUAUAUGGAACAAUUGUUGGAACUUCACAGAGGUCAAGGGAUGGAUAUUUUUUGGCGAGACAAUUUCAUUUGUCCAAGUGAGGAAGAUUACAAGACUAUGACAAUAAGAAAGACUGGUGGUCUCUUUAACUUGGCGGUAAGAUUAAUGAAAUUGUUUUCAACUUAUGAAGAAGAUUUAUCAUCGCUAGUAGCCAUUUUGGGUUUAUACUUUCAAAUACGCGAUGAUUAUUGCAAUUUAUGCCUCGGUGAAUAUACCGAAAAUAAAAGUUACUGUGAGGACUUGACUGAAGGAAAAUUUAGCUUUCCAAUUAUUCAUGCGCUUACAACAAAUCCUGAUGACAGGCAAAUAGUUUCCUUAAUGCCUGAUAAAGAUAUUUUGAGACAACGAACAAAAGAUAUUGAAGUGAAACGUCAUUGCAUUAAAUUGCUAGAGAAAUUUGGCUCUUUCAAGUACACAAGAGGCGUACUUGAAGAGUUGGACAUGAAGGCAAGAGCUGAAAUUGAUCGUUUAGGAGGCAACCCACUCCUAAUAAAAAUUCUAGAUGAGCUCAAGAAUUGGGAUACCAAAGAAGCGCCUAAAGAUCCCUUAACUGGAACAUUUUAAAUUUAAGAAAGAAAGAUAUAUAUUAAAUUUAUGUAUUUCUUUAUCCUAUAAAAAUGCAUGUUUCCAGUGUUACGCAAAGUAAUCUGUUAUUAAUAGCAAGAGAAAACAAGGGAUGAUUGUGUGAAAUAAAUAAUAUAUGGAAUAUAUAAAAAAAAUAAUAU